AUGGGGCCCGCGCUGGCGCCCGCGUUGGUCACGUCGCAGACAGCUUUCAAGAUACGGCGCCCGCGCGCUCGUGCCGAGCGCGCUGACGUUCGCAAGGCUCGCCACCAGACUCGCAGAGACGAGCCUAAGGGUCGCGAAACCGCCCGCUCUUUCGCCAGCGACCGCCAUCUGGGCGAGCAGUUGGACUCCGUGCUACCACCGCCGGCGCAUCGCGGCCCCAGUCCUGUCCAUGGGAGCGCACCGCAGGACCUCGCCACGAGGUCCCUGCUCAUCGGCAGCUACGUGAUGUGCAUAGGCAUUAUUAUCCUGUGCGUGGUUGCCCUCGUCAGAGCGAUCACCCUCAGUCGUGACGAGACCGCGUUGACCACCAGCGGCGGGAUCGUGUACGGAAGCCGGCUGACGACCGCCUCCGGAGUCAAGAUCAGCCAAUUUCUAGGCGUGCCGUACGCUCUGGACACGGCCGGUUCACGGCGAUUCAGGGACCCCGUACCUUUUGGAAGGUUCCCUCAGGAGAUGUGGAAGGCGCUGGAGCACGGCCCGGCCUGCACGCAGUGGCUGAACGGCUCGGUGCACGGCUCCGAGGACUGCCUGCACCUCUCUCUUUGGAUGCCCGCGCACGACGAAGGCAAAUCCAAGAGGAGCGUUGUGCUGGCCCUCACUGGCGACUGGUUCCAGACCGGCAAUACGGCUUCCGACGGUGCUGCGAAGUGGGCUGAACUCGCCGCCAUCAUGAAGGGGGUGGUCGUGGCGCCGAACCACCGGCUUGGAGUGUUCGGCUUCCUUGACGUAGGGGUGAGGGGACUGCUGGGCAAUGUGGCCUUGCAGGACGUGUUUCAGGCGAUGUCGUGGAUCGAGAAGAACGCCGAUGCUUUGAACGUGGACACUGACAACGUGGCUGCGUUUGGCCUAGGCUCCGGGGCUUACCUCCUCUCUCUUGUGCUCAUGUCUUCGAGCACAGCUAACGAUACCGUCUUCAGGAGAGCAUUCCUCCAGGGUCCGUGUCCGACAGCGCCGCUCCCCCGGAACACGCCGCAGAUUGGCAGGGCCUACUUGGCCCGAAUGUCGCUCGAGCUCGGCUGCUACCAGCCGAGAAUCGCCGACCAAGCCGACUGCCUGCGCUCGGUGACUCAGGAGAAAAUCCUAAAGGCGUCGCUCAACUUGGGCGCGCCCAUUCGUUUCGUCCCCAGCGCCCUGAACGGCGAGACCCUUUCGAGCCUGCACGAGACGGCCUGGUUCGCUGGUGUCGAGGUCUUGCUGGGAAGUGACGUCACAGAGGGGAAACGGCUUUACGAUGACGUCAUUCUCCCUUGGGCUAAGGCGUCCAGCAAUUCUACGACUCUGCAGUCACUGGAUGUCCUCGAGAGCGUUCGGACCUUUCUGAGAAGUGACACGAGCGGCUUGGACGCGGUGAACCGCGAAGAUGCGACGAAUGUUGUAGCGUCGAGCGACAUCGUCGAAUCCAUCGUUCAUUUGUUCACGACGUGUUCCUCGAAGAAGAUGGCACGCGCUGUGUCUGCAAGCAACGCACAAAUACUGAUGCUCAAUAUUGACUGA